GAGGAAAUCCCAACCGGAACAGGAAGUACUUUUCGACGAAGGCUAAGAAAAUGGCUGAAGUGGUCGAGCUCCAUAAACUGAAGUUAGCUGAGCUGAAGCAGGAGUGUGCACUCCGGGGCCUGGAGGUUAAGGGCAACAAAGGGGAUUUGAUUGCACGCCUGCAGGCCUACAUCGAUGAACACGAAGAGGAUGUCAAUGAGGAAGAAGUCUUAGAAGAGUUUACAGAGGAGGCAGCAGCACCUGAAGUAGAAGCUCAAGAAGAGUUACCUCCACCUGACACGCAGGCAACGAAAAAAAUUGUUAAAAUCACCCUUUCUGAGUCAGCUGAUGAGAGAUUGCUGAAAAGAGCAGAACGUUUUAAUCUUCCUCCAUCCUCCGAGAGCAAGAAAGCUGCACGUGCUGCAAGGUUUGGACUGCCAGUGACAUCAGCAUCCUCCAAAGGAAUUGCUGCUGUUUCAAAAACAAAUGUCGAUGUCGAGGUCUUGAAGAAGAGAGCAGAGCGAUUUGGCAUGAACGUCUCCUCUGUGUCGAGGAAGGUUGAAGAGGAUGAAAAGCUGAAGAAGAGGAAGGAGAGAUUUGGAAUUGUGACAAGUGCAGCCUCAGUUGGAGCUGAUGAUUCAGAGGCGAAGAAGCGAAAACGAGCAGAGCGAUUUGGAAAUGUGUGACUGACAGCAGGGUUUUUUUUAUUAACUUUUUGUAUUUUUUUUUUUUUUUUUAUCUUUCAGCUAUUGGAAAAUGAUGUACUUUAGCCAGUUGUUGUGUUGAAAGUUCUGUAUAAUAAACAUCUGCCAAAUUUC